AUGUCUGAAGACAGGAAGUCGUCCUCGAUCGCUGCCGACAUGGAGAAGCCGCACAUUGAUGCUCUCGAAGUGGUUCAGCACGGGCCAAGCACCGCUGAUGUAGACGAGUUCAUCGCCGACAUGGAGCGCGAGCUUGAAGCCGCUGGCGGGCUCAACACUGGCUUCUUCCAGGUCAACUUUGCGAACCCCAAGCACUUUACCUGGCUCCUGGUCGCUUUCGCCAGCAUGGGAGGUCUUCUCUCGGGCCUUGACCAAAGUCUCAUUUCCGGCGCGAACCUAUACCUGCCGAGGGAUCUGCAUCUCGACGAGCGCCAAAACAGUCUUGUGAAUGCGGGCAUGCCUCUCGGCGCUGUUGGUGGUGCGCUCAUUCUGUCACCCACAAACGAAUAUUUUGGCCGUAAAUGGGCUAUCAUUAUUUCCAUCAUGCUCUAUACCGUCGGUGCGGCUUUAGAGGCCGGUUCAGUCAACUUUGGCAUGAUGGUUGCUGCCAGAGUUAUUCUCGGCAUGGGUGUCGGUCUCGAAGGCGGCACGGUGCCCGUCUACGUCGCUGAAACGGUCGAACGUCGCAUUCGUGGUAACUUGGUUUCCUUGUACCAGUUCAACAUCGCCUUGGGAGAAGUGUUGGGCUAUGCGGUCGCCGCAAUGUUUCUCAAGGUUCCGGGCAAUUGGCGAUAUAUUCUGGGCUCAUCCCUUGUCUUCUCGACCAUCAUGUUCUUUGGUAUGCUCUUUCUUCCCGAGAGUCCCCGCUUUCUCAUGCACAAAAACAAGCGACUCGACGCAUUCAAAGUUUGGAAGAGAAUUCGCGGCGUCAACGAUGCUGAAUCAAAAGAGGAGUUCUACAUCAUGGCAUCCGCCGUUCAGGAAGAGGAUAUCGCUGUCCAGGAAGGCGCCAAGAACAAAAACUAUCCCUGGAUGGACUUUUUCACUGUUCCUCGCGCUCGACGUGCGCUCGUCUAUGCGAACAUCAUGAUUGUUCUGGGCCAGGCCACAGGCGUGAACGCCAUCAUGUACUACAUGUCCGUUUUGAUGAAUACUAUUGGUUUCGACCGAGAGAGUGCAAACUACAUGUCCCUGGUCGGCGGCGGUUCGCUGCUUUUGGGCACUAUCCCUGCCAUCUUUUUGAUGGAAACUUGUGGUCGCCGUUUUUGGGCCAUCAUGAUGCUUCCCGGUUUCUUCAUCGGUCUUGUAUUGAUUGGCAUUGCCUAUCAGUUUGACCCUCAGACCAAUCUGAAAGCGGCCGAGGGCAUCUAUCUCACUGGCCUGAUCAUCUACAUGGGCUUUUUCGGCUCUUAUGCCUGUUUGACAUGGGUCGUCCCAUCCGAGGUCUAUCCCACUUACCUACGAAGCUACGGCAUGACCACAUCUGACGCCCUGCUUUUCUUGGUGUCGUUCAUCGUCACCUACAACUUCAGCGCCAUGAGGGAUGCGAUGACGCCUACUGGUCUCAUGCUCGGUUUCUACGGCGGCAUCGCUGUGAUUGGUGAAGUCUACCAGAUCUUCUUCAUGCCCGAAACUAAGGACAAGACACUGGAAGAAAUCGACUUGGUGUUUUCGCGCCCAACGAUGGACAUUGUCCGCGAAAACUGGCAGGGUGUGAAGGAUACUAUGCAUGAUGUGUCCCGGGGCAGAUUCCGCAAGAUUCUUGCGGAGCAGACGAAGAAGCGCAAGCCAGCAGAUGGCGUUAGCGCAUAA